AUCAGGCCUGUGAAUUGAUCACGCACGCGCAAAGUCACAUAAUUGUGCAAUGGUCAACUGGUCGACCAGUCUUCUUCUUGUGUCCGGCAACACAGCACGUAUGUACAAGGGCACUCGUGUGUUUUAGCGGGAAAGUGAGUGCAGUGUGUUCUAUUUUCAAAAUACAAAAAAAAUCCGCAGUGAACCUUUUUCCAGAAGCCAUGACUUUCGACGUGCACACCACAAAAGAGAUCCUGAACCCGAAGCAGGGAGGCGACAUUACCUACAUGGACAUGAUAGAGGAGAAGGAUGGACUGGGAGAGUCGCAAAUACAGAAGAUGUUCGCUGGCUCCUCGGUUUUCCUCACGGGGGCCACCGGAUUCUUGGGCAAACUUUUUGUCGAGAAGCUGCUGAGAUCAUGUCCAGAUAUCAAGAAACUUUACUUACUGGCGAGACCAAAGAAGAACAAAGACACAGCCAAGAGGAUACAGGAACAGUUCGAAGAUGUGCUCUACAGCAAACUCAAGAAGGAAAGGCCGAACUUCAUCCAGAAGAUAUCAGUCAUAGAAGGAGAUGUCGGCCAAUUGGGACUCGGCAUCAGUGAGCAGGACAGGAUCAAACUUAUGAAUGACGUUGAAUUCAUCUUCCACGGAGCAGCAACAGUCAGAUUCGAUGAACCUUUAAAGACGGCGGUUGAAAUCAACGUUAGAGGCACCCGCGAGAUAUUGCAGCUGGCCAGGCAAUGUGGGAAGCUGAAGGCAGUCGUCCAUAUAUCUACUGCUUACAGUAACUGCACAUCUGACGUGAUCGAAGAGAGGUUCUACGACAGCAUCAUGCCCGGAGAGAAGCUGAUAGACUUGGUCGAGACCAUGGAUGAGAACACAAUUAACAACAUCACACCUGGAUUACUCGGACUCUACCCCAACACAUACGCUUACACCAAAUCAGUGGCAGAGAACAUUGUACUCAAUUAUUCCAAAGGUCUACCUGUAGUAGUAUUCAGACCAGCCAUUGUAAUAGCGACAGCCAAAGAACCUGUAGCUGGAUGGAUCGACAAUGUUUACGGACCUACUGGCGUUGUAGUAGGCGCAGCAGUAGGUCUCCUCCACACGUUACACUGCGAACCGAGUGCGGUGGCAGACCUUGUCCCCGGCGAUAUGGUAGUGAACGCGUGCAUAGCGGCCGCCUACCGCACCGCGCGCGACUACCCCGCCAACCGCGAGGCGGCGCCACCGCAAGACUUACCGCCGCCCGUCUACAACUUCGUGUCGUCCGAACAACGUCCGCUUACGUGGCGAGAAUUCAUGGCCUACAACGAGCACUAUGGCCUGGAAGUGCCUCCGAUGCAAGCGAUGUACUACUAUAUAUUCACUUUAACUCCAUCCAGAUUCCUUUACUUGUUCUACUGUUUUUUGAUGCACUGGAUACCGGCUUACAUCGUCGACGGCGUAGCUGUACUCAUCGGAAAGAAACCCAUGUUGAGGAAAGCGUACACCAAAAUCUCCAAAUUCGCCGACGUACUCGCCUACUUCGCUACGAAACAAUGGAAGUUCUACAACACAAACGUGCAGAACUUGUACAGCGAAUUGUGCGACGCUGACAAACAAAUUUUCGACUUUGACAUUUCCAAUUUGGACUGGACUGAUUAUUUCUACAGCUACGUUCGUGGGUUAAGAGUUUACCUCCUCAAAGAUCCGUUAGAGACCAUCCCUCAAGGCCGCACUAAGCAUACAAGGCUUAUGUACUUGCAUUACUUCUGCUGCACCAUUUUAAGUCUCAUCGCCUUAAGGUUAUUAUGGGGUAUGACUAGUUACUUCUAUAGUUUAGUCUUCUAAAUCAUCUACAGAAUCUUUGCAAUUGUUAUUGAAUUCUAAAUCAUCUAC